AUGAGCUAGAAAAAAGCUACAAUAUAGGACUAUAUAAAAAACAAAGUGAAACCAGUGUUCGAUCAAUUAAUAGCUAGAAUAGUCAUUGAAAAACCAGAAGACGUGUAUUCAUGGUCUAUAAAUUGGUUAUAAAAACAAUGUAAAUAUAUAUAUCAUAAUUUUGAAGAAAGUGGAGUAUAAGUGUAGUAACUUGUUCAUCAUGAUCUCAGUGAAGAAGAAGAGGAUGAGGAGGAAGUAGUUUUGGAGAUAAAAUAACAAUAAAAGUAACAAACCAGAACAGCAGUUUCUGCUGAAGUUUACGGAGAAUACAAUAAGAAAGAGGAUUUUAAGCCCAGAUUUAUACAGAAAUCAGAGGGCUAAAUUGAAAGGAUAAAGAAAAGAAUACUAAAUUCUUUUAUGUUCUAAGCUUUGGAUGAAAAAGAUCUGAAUAUUGUAUUAGGAGCCAUGGAUGAGAAGAAAUUUUAGUAAGAGUUAUUAUUUACUUAAUAAAAGAGUUGGAGAUGUCGUAAUUAAACAAGGAGAUGAUGGAAAUGAGUUAUAUGUUAUUGAUGAAGGAAGAUUAGAAUGUUAUAAAAAGUUUACAGGAUUAGAGGAAGAGAAACUGUUAAAGACUUAUAUUCCAGGAGAAUCCUUUGGAGAAUUGGCCUUAUUGUAUAAUGCUCCUAGAGCAGCCACGAUUAAGGCUAUAGAGGAAGUCACAACAUUUGCUUUGGAUAGAGAGACUUUUAACAAUAUUGUCAAAUUUUCUGCCAUCAAGAAGAGAGAAUAAAUGGAAGAAAUACUAAGUAAAAUUGAACUAUUAUAAUCAAUGGAUAAUUAUGAAAGAGUUUAAUUAUGUGAUGUACUUAGAGAAGAAAAACAUAAAGCAGGAGAAACCAUUAUUACUGAAGUAUGAGUUAAAUUAAAUAUAGGGUGAAAUUGGAGAUAGAAUUUAUUUGAUAAUAGAAGGAGAAUUAGAAGCUUAUUGGAAGGGAUAGAGUGAAAAAGUUUAUGAUUAUAAACCAGGAGAUUACUUUGGAGAAUUGGCAUUAUUGAAGAAUACUCCAAGAUAAGCAACUGUUAUUGCUAAAGUAACUCUACCAUUUAAUUUUUUAGACUGAUGUUGUAUUAUUAUAUUGUGAUUUCAACUCAUUCAGAAGAUUAAUGGGUCCCCUAGAAGAAGUACUCAAAAGAAAUGUUGAGAGAUAUGAAAAAUAUUUACAGUAAUGAUUAUAAUUAGAAACAAAUAUUAAUUAAUGAUUUAAAUGGAUAUCAAUCAUAAAAAGUUGUAUAAAUAUCCCACCUUAUCAGCAAAACAAAAAUUUCUAUUAACAAAAUUAAUCUCUUAAUAAGAUCAAUAAAGUGCUUUAUCCAUAAUAAAAGAUUUGAUUGGUUAAAAUGAAAAAUAGUUGAGAGGUUUAUAUACAGCGAUUUCUUGGUUAGAUAAAAAUUAUAGAGAUCUAUUUUUUUAGAAUACACUUCCAAAGAUGGCUUAAUAUUCUUUAGAUAUAUUAGAGCUUUCUCCAAAAAAACAUUUAUUAAUUUCUGAAGGUCACAUUGAAUUCACAAGAAAAGAAAUUUAUCAAUUUUUAUCAUUAGCUUUUUUUGGAUUAUUAGAAAAGUAAAAUGAUCAAUUUCCAAAUACUUACAAUUUAACAUAUAUUCUAUAAAUGGAAGCAGAAAAAGCUAAAUGUUACCUUUAUUACUUUAUAAUUGCAAAUUCAGAAUUAGAAAAUGAGAUUGUUUAACUUGAAAGGAUAAAUUUCAAUAUGAACUAUCAUAUUCAUCAAUUUUUUCCAAAUCCUUAAGCUAAUUUUUUGGAAGAUGUAAAAUUGUGGUCAAAUUGUGAAAAAAGUCUUUAAAUAAUUGAUUUUGUUGAUUAAAAAAUAGAAGAAUAAUAAAAUAGCAUACUUGUAGAUUUUGCAAAUAAAUAUGUAGGAGGAGGUGUUUUAAAAAGUGGAUGUGUAUAAGAAGAAAUUUUAUUUACAAUAAUGCCAGAAAAUAUAAUAGCAGUGUUGUUUUGUAAAGUUUUAGAGUUCAAUGAAGUUGUGAUAGUGAAAAAUACUAUUAGAUAUUGUGAUUAUGAUGGAUAUGGAAAUACAUUCCGCUUUGUUUAUAGAUAACCUAAAAAUUUAAAUUAGAAUAUUCUAGCUAUGGAUGCUUAAAAUUAUAAAAAUAACCCUGUAAAACAAUAUUAAUAAAAUGAAAUCAUACGUGAAUUAAAUAAAGCUUUUAUUGGAUUUUCAUUAUCUUAAUUUGCUAAGGAAGAGGAAUUCUUAUAACCUAUAUCAACUGGGAAAUGGGGAUGUGGUGUAUUUCAAGGAAAUACAUAAUUAAAAACUAUCAUUCAAUUAAUUGCCUUUAGUGCUUCAAGGAAAUAUGAGAAUUAAUAAAGAAGAAUGAUAUUUUCAACAUUUAAAGAUAAAUAAUUAUAGUUUAUUAAGAGAGAUGUAGAUAAUAUAAUUGGAAAAUACAAAACAGUGGGUAAACUAUUCUAAUAAUUAAUGAAAAUUACUACUAAAUAAGGAGUGUUUGAUUUUCUAUUAGAUAAGAAAUGA